GGCGAACAGGUACAGUCAUCAUCACCCAACCGACCUUCAAAUUUUAGACCGUCCGGUCAUGACGUAACAGCAGUACCUGGAAUGAUAGCGUUACCGUCUUCGCCGCCAAAGUCAAGUACAACAACCAAACCACUGACCGACAGCUCUUACGCAAUUAACUAUUGCGACAGACGCGAGUUUCCCGAUAGCGUUUUAGCUCAGUAUAGCCUUGAACGAAUUGAAUACUUCAUAUUCAAUACGUCGUGCUCAGAUAUAUUCUUCCAGUGCUCUAUUGGUCAAACGUUUUUGCUCAAAUGCCCAAGUCCGGAUCAAGCAUUUGACAGGGUCACAAUUAACUGUAAUUUCCGAAGUGACGUCAAAGAAUGCCCUGAGUACGAUCAUGUCAUGCACUGCACUGUUAAAGACUCUUGUAAUGAGAACGAAUUUGCUUGCUGUGCUGAACCACAAAUGUGCAUUGAUCUUGCCAGACGGUGUGACGGACACAUAGACUGUGCUGACGGCGACGAUGAGAAUAACUGCCCGCCUCAUUGUGCAAAGGGCUUCACCUCCUGCAAAACUGAUGAAUUUGCAUGCGUUAAGAGCGGACGCUGUAUACCGGCAACACUGAGAUGCGAUGGCGUUCUUGAUGACUGCGGCGACGGUAGUAAUAUGGACGAAAUUGGAUGUAGCCGGAACUCAACAUGUCUUGGUCAAUUUGUUUGCCACAGUAAUCUAUCAAAGACACUUAUGGGAACGCACAACUGUGUGGAGUACUCGAAACAUUGCGACGGCAUUCGCGACUGUCCCAAUGGUGAAGAUGAAAUUAACUGCAAAAUGGCUGAGGCAAAAUACCUGUUGUGCGAAAACCAAAAACAAAGUGUUACAAAACAACAGUGGUGCGAUGGCAAUGAGGACUGUGCAGAUGGGUCCGAUGAAAAGUACUGCUACAAAUAA